AUGUAUUCAGCUACUGUCCCACCCGGCCCCCCCGAGCCCGGUCCCCCCGAGCCGGCCGCUGUGGGUAGCGGAGACAGACCCAGCGUUGUGCCCAACUCGUACCGGCCCCGCCAGGCGCCCUCCCGGCGGCGUUUCCGAGGGAAAGCCCAGCCGGGUUUGCCUGCGCGUUUCGCCCAAGCCUGCGUGGCAGCGGGUGCUGGCACGGCAGCCCCACGGCUUAGGAUAAACAGGCUGUGGGCCUUAAGCGAUGGAUUGGAGCUGAGGCCAAAAUACAAUGGGAUUCUCCACUGUAUGACCACUGUCUGGAAGCAUGAAGGAUUACGAGGCUUAUAUCAAGGGGUAAUUCCAAACAUGUUGGGAGCAGGGGCUUCCUGGGGACUUUACUUUUUCUUUUACAAUGCCAUCAAAGCUUACAAGAAGGAAGGGAAGCUGGAAAGUCUCAGUGCAACUGAACACCUAGUGUCAGCUGCAGAGGCUGGAGCCAUGACUCUCUGUAUUACAAACCCAAUAUGGGUAACGAAGACACGGCUUGUGCUGCAGUAUAAUGCUGGUGUUGAUCCAUCAAAGCGGCAAUACAGAGGAAUGUUUGAUGCUCUUAUAAAGAUCUACAAGUUGGAGGGCAUACGUGGCUUAUAUAAGGGAUUUGUGCCUGGUUUGUUUGGAACAUCACAUGGAGCACUGCAGUUCAUGGCAUAUGAGGAUUUGAAACUGAGAUACAACACCUAUAGAAACAGAGUAUCAGAUACAAAACUGAACACUGUGGAAUACAUAAUGAUGGCAGCUGUAUCCAAAAUAUUUGCUGUGUCAGCAACAUAUCCCUAUCAAGUUGUGCGAGCUCGUCUUCAAGAUCAGCAUAAUACGUAUUCUGGUGUGUUGGAUGUGAUCCACAGGACAUGGAGGAAAGAAGGUAUUCAUGGAUUUUACAAAGGAGUUAUCCCCAAUGUGAUCAGAGUGACUCCCGCCUGCUGUAUUACCUUUGUUGUUUAUGAAAAUGUGUCUAGUUUUUUACUUGGUUUUAGAAAAGAAAAUAGUUAA